CAGAGCAGCACAGUCAAACGGCUGACGCUGUCCGAUCUGGUUGGUUGGUCGCGUGUGCCUUACUGAUCUUUAAACAUCCUCUAAAUCACUCGCCCACGAUCAUUUUUUUUUCCUAUUGAUAUUUCAUACAUUUUUAUUAUCGUGUGUUAUCCUGCGGAAGAAGGACUCCAUGUUGACGUGGUUUUGUUGGUGCGAUUAGGGUUUGGCGCGGGACGCGCGCGUUUUUUGAAUUUUCGACACCCUUGAGGUUCUGUUUGAAAAGACUGAUGGUGUUUGGUCAAAAGAAAAAUAUGCCCCUUAACGGGCCGAAAGAUCAUCUUCGACGAGGAGCUGCGUGUCUUAUCCUAAUUUACCUAAUUAGUUUAAGUGCAGCCGAGCCCAUAGGCAAUAAUAGAUACAGAAGUAAUUUUAGAGAGGAGCAGGAUCAUCAUCAGAGCACUAAUAGUCUAUCGCCCGGAGGACCGAAUGUAUGCCGAAGUAGAGGAAGAUCCUACUGUUGUCCAGGAUGGCAGAGACAUGCUACUUUAGGACUAUGCAUCAUACCCAUGUGCGCAAGAACCUGCAGCCCAGGACAAUGCGUAUCUCCAAAUGUCUGUAUGUGCGAAGGAGGACAAAGAUCUGCAAGCUGUCAAAAUUAUAAACAAAAUUUUCAAGGAGAAGGAAGACCGUGUCGUGCGAUCUGCAUGAAUGGUGGUACUUGCGUAGAUGGACAGUGCAGCUGUGUAGCAGGCUAUACAGGAGAAUUUUGCACAGAACCAAUUUGUGAGGAACCAUGUAAAAACGGUGGAAGAUGUAUUGGUCCGGAUAGGUGUGCUUGCCUCUACGGAUUUGCUGGGAACCAUUGUGAAGUAGAUUACAGGACAGGUCCUUGCUACACUGGGAUAAGAGGUCCAUUAUGCGUCAACCAAUUGGAAGGAGUUGUUUGCACAAAAACUCUUUGUUGUGCUACUGUAGGGAAAGCAUGGGGCCAUCCGUGUGAACACUGCCCCUCAAAACUCGAAUGUGAUACUGGAUUUUUAAAAAACCAGAAAACGGGCGAGUGUGUCGACAUCAACGAGUGCGAAGCCAUUCCUCAUCUCUGCUCGGGAGGACAAUGUAUGAACAGUGUAGGGUCGUUCACGUGUGAAUGUCCAGCAGGCCAAGCACGGAACCCACAAACUAACCGUUGUGACGAUCGAAAUGAAUGUGAAGACGAAGGGGUGUGCGAAAAUGGCGGGUGUGUUAACACCCCUGGGGGAUUCUUUUGUCUUUGCAAUCCUGGAUUCAUCCAGAGUCAAGAUAAAAAAUAUUGCAUUGAUGGAAGGCAAGGACUCUGCUACACACACAGAUCCCAAUCAGGCUACUGCAGAGACGAAUUACUAUACAGACUAUCAAAGAAAGACUGCUGCUGCGGACAACACAUCGGUCAAGGAUGGGGGGAUAGCUGUGAUGCCUGUCCUGACUAUGGAAGCGAUGACCAUCGAAAACUAUGCUCCACCACUCAAAUUUAUCACUUCGGCGAUGGAGGGAAAGAGUCGAAUCUUAGCAGUUGGGACAGCAGACGUCCAGAGCAAAAAACGAAGUUGCUUACUACUUUGGUGGACGAAUGCAUGUUACGCCCCACUAUUUGUGGACACGGAAAGUGCGUCGAUCAACCAGAAGGAUACGACUGCAUUUGUGACCCUGGAUAUCGGAAAGGAAAAUCACAAGUGUGUGAAGAUAUCAACGAAUGCAACGAAGGAAAAUGCUUGAACGGACGAUGCAUCAAUACUCCAGGAGGUUUCAACUGUAUUUGCCCCCCAGGUUUUGACGUAUCUCCAGAUGGCACUAUGUGCACCGAUCACAAUGAAUGCGCGGAAAUUGGCAUGUGCACCAACGGUAUUUGCAUUAACAUGGAUGGGAGUUUUAAGUGCCAAUGUAAGCCAGGAUUCAAGCUCAGUUCCACUGGAUUUGCUUGUAUUGACAUCGACGAAUGUUAUGAAAAUCCAAGGAUAUGCUUGAAUGGAAGAUGCGAAAAUGCUCCUGGAUCAUACACGUGCCAGUGUCUUCCAGGAUUUGUGGAGUCCAGUGACAGAACCUUUUGCAGUGAUAUGGACGAAUGUGCUGCCACUGGAAUGUGCGACCAUGGCAAAUGCAUAAAUAUGGAAGGUUCGUUCAGAUGCGUAUGUGAUUCUGGCUACAGAUUAGGCUCCGAUGGACGUCACUGUUUUGAUAUAGACGAAUGCAUAAGCAACCCUUGUCAAUUUGGCACUUGUUUUAACACCCCCGGCAGUUUUCGAUGCGAGUGCCAUUCUGGAUUCAGUUUGGGUUCCGAUGGGAGAUCUUGCUUGGAUACCAGGAGAGAUUUGUGUUAUCAGGAAUACAGGGAUGGCCAAUGCAUCAAUCCUUCUACAACUGCGGUGACAAAGUCCAGUUGCUGUUGUUGCACCAUUAUAACUGGCAAACCAAUGGCGUGGGGGCAAACUUGUCAACCCUGCCCCAUGCCUGGCACUACCGAUUUUGAAUUGCUUUGUCCACAUGGUCCUGGUUCAACUUUUGAUGGAAACGAUAUAAAUGAAUGUGCGCAGAAUCCGAACAUUUGUCAAAACGGCGCGUGCGAAAAUUUAAUAGGGACUUAUCGGUGCAUUUGUAAUCCGGGGUAUGAAGUUGAUGAGACUGGGAAAAUAUGCACUGAUAUAAACGAGUGCGAAUUGGAAGAUGUGAUGUGUGGUGGUGGCCAGUGCAAAAACACUCCUGGAAGUUUUCAAUGCAUAUGUCCCUCUGGCACACAGUUAAAUCCACAAAACAUCAUGUGCGAAGACGUGGAUGAAUGCAAGGAAUUGGGACCUGAGGCCUGUUUUAAUGGGGAAUGCGUGAAUACCCUGGGAUCCUACAAAUGCGAAUGCGAUCCUGGGUCUGUACUAGAUAAUACUGGAAGAAUUUGUAUCGACAACAGAAAAGGUUCCUGCUGGACCAAACUGAACCACGGCAGGUGCGAAAACAACUUACCGCAACUGAGCAAACGCACAGAAUGCUGCUGUUCCAUUGGAGUAGCAUGGGGCUCGCCUUGCGAGCGUUGUACUAGGAACGAGUGCGAGUGCCCACGAGGAUACACAAAAGCAGACGGAAAGUCUUGCAGCGACAUUAACGAAUGUGACUUAAAUCCUGAUAUAUGUAGGGGAGGAGGAACUUGUGUCAAUACCGAUGGAAGUUUUACUUGUACCUGUCCACCUGGGCUUACUUUAGAUGACACAAGGACUCAGUGUUUGGAUCUUCGAGAAGAGCAAUGCUAUACAAAAUAUGUUCAUGGGAAAUGCAACAAUGCUAUUGAAGGUCUGUUUCAUAAGGACCUAUGCUGUUGUUCGUCUAUUGGCAAAGCAUGGGGGACAAAAUGUGAAGCUUGUCCCAGAAAUGGAACUGCCGCUUAUGUUGAACUAUGUCCUAAGGGUGUGGGCUAUUUGGAAAGAAAAGACAUUAACGAAUGCACAGAGUUCCCUGGCAUGUGCAGAAACGGCAGGUGCAAAAACACUAUCGGAGGCUACCAUUGCAAAUGCAACAAAGGGUACGCCUAUGAUGAUAAUAAAAUCCAAUGUAUAGACAUUGACGAAUGUAGCAUCACGACCACUAGUAUAUGUGGCAACGGAAUAUGCAAAAAUAUACCGGGUGACUUUUAUUGUGACUGUAAUGAAGGUUAUAGGACGCAGCCUCCAAUGCAAACUUGUAUGGAUAUCAAUGAAUGUGAAGAAAUUCCUGGUUUAUGUAGAGGUGGUAAAUGUGUUAACACAGAUGGUUCAUACAGAUGUGAGUGUCCUCCAGGUCACGAAUUAGCUCCAGACAAAGAAUCUUGUAAGGAUAUCGAUGAGUGUUCCAGAACCAGCGGUAUUUGUUCGAAUGGCGUGUGCGAAAACAUGAUGGGAACUUAUCAGUGUAUUUGUAAUGAAGGGUAUCAACAAACUGGAUUAAAAUCUCACUGUGAAGAUAUUGACGAGUGCGAUUUUGAACCGUGCGAUGAUCUCUGCGUCAACACUCCUGGAAGUUACCACUGCUCUUGCGGAACUGGUUAUCAAUUGAAUUUGGACGGCAAAAGUUGCUCAGACAUUGACGAAUGUAAAGAAAACCCAAGGAUAUGUAACGGAGGCAAAUGCACCAAUACUGUUGGCAGUUACAUUUGCCAUUGCACUGAAGGGUUGCUAGCUGGACCAUCUGGGACUUCUUGUUUGGAUAUUGACGAAUGCAAACAAAACCCAAAUAUUUGCGGUGCAGGGGAGUGCCAUAAUACAUUGGGUUCAUUCCAAUGCAGAUGCGAAGACGGGUACUCGGUUAAACCUGACGGUGGUCCACAGUGCACUGAUGAUGAUGAGUGCUACUUGGGAACUUAUAACUGUGACGAAAAUGCCGAUUGUAUCAAUAACGCUGGAUCAUAUCAAUGCCGUUGCCUGGAUGGUUUUACCGGAAAUGGCAUAAAUUGCCGGGAUAUUAACGAGUGUCUCACGAAUAAUGGUGGUUGCGACCAAAACGCCCAAUGUAUUAAUAAUGAUGGUUCGUUCCGGUGUGAAUGUGAUUCAGGCUUCAAGGGUGAUGGGUAUUCUUGCGUUGACAUCGACGAAUGCACCAACGACCCGAGCUUAUGCGAAAACGGACAAUGUCUAAAUUAUCCUGGAUCGUUUAGGUGCGAAUGUGAGAUGGGAUUUAUGCAUCCUAGUGAAGGAAAUGACCAAUCUUGUGUAGAUAUCGACGAAUGCGAAAUGUUCAACAACCUCUGCGUAUUCGGUACAUGCGAGAACACUUUAGGAAUGUUCAGGUGUGAAUGCCAUGAGGGAUACAAAUUAGACGGCUCCGGAGGAAAUUGCACCGACAUCGACGAAUGUGAGAGUCCACAGUCUUGUUUAUAUGGAGAAUGUAGCAAUUUAGAGGGCAGCUUCAAAUGUCUUUGUCCUGAAAAUUAUGAGCUAGUCUCCGAAGGAAAUGCUUGCAUCGACCGUAGAACUUCGAGGUGUUUCCUUCAAGUGGAGAGUCCAGGCAGAUGUGAGGAACCUACAGCCGAUUAUGUCACUAAAGCUUCUUGUUGCUGUUCAGUGGGUCGAGCAUGGGGACCAAAAUGCGAACUUUGUCCUAAUCCGAAUAGUGUUGAGUAUCAACAACUUUGUCCUGGUGGUCCUGGUUAUAAACCCAAUGAUAUUACUGUGGUCCUGGAAGACAUAAACGAAUGCGAGGAACACGAGAACAUCUGCGAGAACGGGCAUUGCACCAACACCUUCGGGAGUUUCAUGUGUUCCUGCAACGAGGGAUUCCGACUGGAUGAAGCCGGGUAUACGUGUGUUGAUAUAAACGAAUGCGCUGAGAACGUACUCAUAUGUUCGAUCGGACAGUGUGUUAACGAACCAGGCAAAUAUUAUUGCCAGUGUCCCGAGGGAUACAUGCCUCUGCCUGGAAGAAGAGAAUGUGUUGACAUGCGAAAAGACAUCUGCUAUCUAAACUAUAGCCGAUGGCAAUGUGCAACCCCAAUGACACAAAACCAAACGAAAAAAGUGUGUUGCUGUUCCAUGGGUCAAGCGUGGGGGCAACCAUGUGAACCUUGUCCCAUUCAAGGCACCAAUGAGCAUAAGGCACUUUGCGGUAAAACCCCCGGGUUUGUCGUUAAUCCAAUGACAAAUAAAUCGAUAGAGAUUAAUGAAUGUGAGCUGAUGCCGAAUAUGUGUAAUCAUGGACAGUGCAUGAACACCCCAGGAAGUUUCGAGUGUAUGUGCAACCGCGGUUACAUUUACGACACGGAGUCGCAUCAGUGCAUCGACGACAAUGAAUGUAAUAAAAAUCCAUGCUCUGGAAAUGCUCAAUGUAUCAAUUUGCCUGGAAGUUUUGAAUGUCAGUGUCCCGAGGGAUAUAAGCACGGGGCAUCAUUUUUAGAUUGCGUUGACGUUAAUGAAUGCGUAGAGAAACCCCACGUAUGUCAGAGUGGUGAAUGCAAGAAUCUCCAGGGUAGUUUUCAAUGCAUUUGCGCAACUGGUUAUAGAUUGACUUCUUCUAGGGACACCUGUGUUGAUAUUGACGAAUGUGUGCGACAUCCGAACAUAUGCAACAACGGCAGCUGCAUAAACACGUUGGGCACCUACAAGUGCCACUGCAACGCCGGAUUUAAGCUGAGUCAGAACAACGACUGCGUGGACAUCGACGAGUGCCACAUGAUGCCAUUUUUAUGCAGAAACGGCAGGUGCCGUAAUAAUCUCGGAUCGUUUAGCUGCGAAUGCGCAUCUGGAUAUACUUUGUCUGUAGAUGGACAUAAUUGCAGGGAUAUUGAUGAAUGUCAUGAGGUUCCUGGAACAUGUCCUCCUCCAGGCAAAUGCACAAACGUAAUGGGUUCCUUUAUCUGCACCUGUCCAGAAGGAUAUGAAUUAGACAGCAACACCGGACUAUGUGAGGAUAUGGAUGAAUGCGCAAUAAACCCCUCAAUAUGUGAAAAUGGCCAGUGUGUUAACACUGAUGGUGGUGCAUUCUGCACGUGUCCUGAGGGGUAUAUUCUAGAACAGAGCUCAAUGAAAUGCGUGGACGUUAGACAAGAUCAGUGUUAUGAUUCGUUCGUAAGAGGACAAUGUUCGGAACCAAGAGGGAUGCAAAUAACAGCGAAAGAGUGUUGUUGCUCCAAAGGGGCUGCGUGGGGAAAAUAUUGUGAAAGGUGUCCACUGGAAGGUUCAUCGGAUUUCUUAAAAAUGUGUCCCGAAGGUCCAGGUCGUAUGGAUUCGGGUAGCGACCUCAACGAAUGCGAACUAAUGCCGAACGUAUGUGAAGGAGGCGAAUGCGUCAACACCGACGGGUCCUUCCGCUGCGACUGCGCAAACGGUUACACUUUAGACGAAACGGGAAAGAAAUGCGUCGACGAGAAUGAAUGCUUCAUGAAUCCGAACGUGUGUGGAAAUGGUACUUGCUCCAACUUGGUGGGUGGAUUCGAGUGCAGUUGUAAUGACGGAUUUGCACCGGGACCCAUGCAGGUAUGCGAAGAUAUAAACGAAUGCCUCGAACUAGGCAACCAAUGCGCCUUUAGAUGCCACAACGUACCCGGAUCUUUCAGAUGUAUUUGCCCCUACGGAUAUUCUUUGGCUCCGGACGGAAGACAUUGUCAAGACGUGGAUGAAUGUGCUACUCCAGCAAACAACUGUCGUUUCAUGUGCAAAAACCUGGUCGGGUCGUUCAUGUGCAUAUGCCCAGAAGGGUUCACACAAGUCGGAUAUGGCGAUGAAUGCAGGGAUAUUGACGAAUGUCAUGAAAAUCCGGACCUGUGCGACAACGGACGUUGUAUUAAUUUGCAAGGGUCCUUCAGGUGUGAUUGCUACGAAGGAUUUGAUCAUAGUGAGGAUGGAAAGAGGUGUAUUGAUCAUAGAGCAGGUUAUUGCUAUAGAAACCAACAGUGUACCACUCGGUUUGAACACGCCUUCAAAUCUACCAGAGCUGAUUGUUGUUGUUCCAUGGGUGAAGCUUGGGGGCCUACGUGCGAAACUUGUCCAGAGAAAUAUUCUGCUCAGUAUACUGAGUUGUGUUUGGAUAGUGGAUUUUUAAUCACUGGAGAAGAUAUAAAUGAGUGCGAAACAGUUCCGGACCUUUGCAAGAAUGGUAGAUGCAUUAACACCUUGGGAUCGUACAGAUGCGUUUGUAAUAAGGGCUACAGGUCUGAUGGUUCUGGACUUAAUUGCAUUGAUAUAAACGAAUGUGAAAAAUCGCCUUGCCAGUUUACAUGUCAAAACACCGAAGGCAGCUUCAGCUGUAGCUGUCCCGCCGGUUAUUUGCUGAACGCCGACGGGGUGACUUGCAGGGAUUUAGAUGAGUGCGCCACUGGUCAGAACUUAUGUCAGCAGAACUGUAUUAACACCGAGGGUAGCUACAAGUGUUCGUGCGAUAAGGGAUAUUCACAGGUUGGCGAUAAAUGCGAGGACAUAAACGAGUGCGAGAAAGCCGGCUAUUGUCCGAAACCCGGCAGAUGCGUCAAUACUCUGGGCAGUUUCAAGUGCAUCUGCCCCAGGAGGUUCAAACUUGAUUCAACUGGAACUUAUUGUACGGACACGGAUGAGUGUGCUGACGACACUAAAUGUCCUGAAGGUUGUCAAAAUCUGAUUGGUGGAUAUAAAUGUGGAUGUCCCGACGGAUACACCCUUAACCCUUACUACAAUCAGUGCGUGGACAAAAAUGAGUGCCUCAAUAACCCUUGUGGGGGUAGUGGAAAUUGCUUUAACAUGCCUGGGAGUUAUCGAUGUGGGUGUCCCGAUGGGUAUCAGUUUGAUGGUCGGUUAAAUAUUUGCAUUCAGGUGGCCCCUCAAUGUAUUGGAGCACCCUGUGCUUUUGGAUGUACCUCAAGCGGAGCCGGUUAUUCUUGCGGUUGUCCUCAAGGUUACACACGAAUAGGUCAAGGUCAUUGCUUAUCAACGGUCACCCCAUCUUUGGCGAGUUAUGAUAUUGGAGAUGUCCCCACUUAUCCCAUUGAUGAACGUUACGCCAGUGGACAGAAGGAUAAAUUAAUUACUACUGAAGGAUGCUUCUCUUGUCAGCUUAACGGUCGUCACAGGAGAGACUCAAACUCAUCAUCAAUCAGCGAUACGGUGUCCAGGUUAUUUAAGAUUAAAAGGAGCGCGAAAAGGCGCACGCGCAGGCAUCAUCAUGGGGAGGAGGUUGAUCUGACGAUAUCAAUGGCGCAGACUAGGCAUAGGACAAGGAUAGUGAAGAUACAACCAUCUGUCAAGAUCCCAAUGGUUUACACUAUAGCAAAAGGAAACGAGCAAAACAAAUUUGAGCUGGUGAACAAACACGGUGUGUGGGCUCUGCAUUUCAAGCGACGCCUGAAAAAACCCGCAAACUUCGACUUACUUAUCCACGGUAAACCGGAGAAGCAGGAGAACGAGUCGACUUACCAAUUCGAGAAGCCGCUAACGCUAAGGGUUAGAAUAGUGGUCACGGGGUAGAAUUAAUUUUUGAGAUUUCUUUAGGUAAUUUUUUUUAUUUAACAAUAAAUGAUCGAGUCAGUUUAAUCGUGAACGUGGGUAGCUGUAUUGCUUUUCUUUAAUUAUUCGUAUUACUGCCACAGGGUGUACCGGAUGCUAUGAGGCUGAAAUAGUUUCUUUUUUUUAAUACUUUUUAGUAGGCUUUUGAAUGUUGCCCUGCCUAAUUAACUGCCAUAGAAAUGAUCUGAUAACUAUAUAAAAAUGUGUUCAAUGAGAAAGAAUAUUUUUUUUAGUAUUAAAUUACGCUAUAUAUGUUUAUUAAUUAUGUAAAUUGUAGAUGCAUUUAAUUUUUUUUAUAUAUUUAUUAAACAGUGUACAAAGUGUUUGUAAGUUACCCAAAAAAAUUGUGAGUGUAGAAAUUUAUUAUAAUAAAUCGCCUUUAAAAUAAUAAACGUUAUAAAUAUAGA